AUGGAAGUUUUCAGCUUGCUCAAGUACUGGAAGGGUGGUGGAGUUACCGAAAAUAAUGAACGCACCAUACCUGGCACCACUACCAUAUCCACCACUCUUCAGUCGCAACCAACGGUGGAAACAGAGGAAGAUAGUGAUGAUGGUUCCUUCUUCGACAUAGAGUUUACGGUGCCCGAAGACGACGAUGGUGAAUCCAGAGACGAACACGAUAACAGCAGCGAAGUCGACGAGGAAGAUGAUAGUGCCUCAUCGGAAUCUAUGGGAAUUGAUGGAGAGGAGUUCAACUUCAGGGUGUCUUCUGGGUCGAGUGAUAGGAGAAUGGACCUGGACGUGGACCCUUUGCUCUCACCUUCUGACAAUCUGUUCUUUAAAGGAAGGCUUGUGCCGCUCGAGCCUUCGUCACUUGAAUUCAACCAUUCUGAGACGAACUCGAAGCCUCAGUUCCCUGUCUCUUUGUUGAAAUCUACAACCAAGAUCAAAGUCCUCAUAUUGGGGUUUAAGAAACCCAAAUCGACGACGGCUGAGAAGAUGGAGAGGAACUUUGUAGACGGAGCUAGUCGGAGACGGUGGUGA